AUAAAAGAGGAAAACCUGAAAGGGAAACAGGUUGAAAAAAUUCCCAAAGAUGUGGUGCACCCAAAAGGGAAAAGUGCAGCACAGGAACAGAUUGCGGUGCACAAGGUAUCUAAAGGGGAUAGAACCAUGAAAAGCGCAGCAACCAAGGAGACAACAAGAACACAGAAUACGGUGACUCAAUUGGGCAGCACUGAUGGUACUGAUGUUUUGACAUGCUCUGAAGAGGUCAGUCACGGUCACCGCCAAGCUCCGCCAAAACACGCAAUCAGUCCUUCUCCUACCAAGCUAUCAUAAUUCAACAAAGAGUGCAAUAACUGACAUAUCUUACUGCAAACACGCUGCAGACAACAUCAAUCCAGAACAGUGGAAUGUCGCAUGCAUCGCAGGCCAUGUCGAGACACCGGUUCUAGCUUCU